AUGACCCAAUCAACAAUUAAUCAAAAUUCAUUUCAAACUGAAAUUAUAAGAUGUGGUUGGGUAACAAAAGAUCCAAUUUACAUAAAUUAUCAUGAUACAGAAUGGGGCAAACCCGAAUUAAACAAUUUUCAUUUGUUUGAAAUGUUGUGUUUAGAAGGGCAACAAGCUGGCUUAUCUUGGAUAACAAUUCUGAAAAAGAGAGAAAAAUAUCAACAGUUAUUUUAUAGCUUUAAUCCACAUAAAAUUUCAAAGAUGACUUAUAAUGAUGUUACAAAAUUAUUAAAUGAACCUGGAAUUGUCAGACACAAAAGAAAAUUAGAAGCUAUUAUACACAAUUCAAAAUGUUAUAGAAAAAUGGAAAGUAAUGGAGAAGAGUUUUCAAAUUUUAUUUGGAGUUUUGUAAAUCAUGAACCUAUCGUUAACAAUUGGACCAAUAUAAAUGAAAUUCCAACGGAAACAGAAAUUUCAACAACUCUUUCUAAAGCUCUUAAAAAAAGAGGAUUUAAGUUUGUGGGGCCUACAACUUGCUAUGCAUUUAUGCAGGCAUGUGGUCUUGUAAAUGAUCAUGUUAUUAGUUGUUGUUGUCGUAACAGGAAUAAUUGUAUUAAGUAA